CAUUUGGCGAAGGACGAUGGCGGAUGCAUAACACGUCGGCUCUAUAAUAUAACGAUUUCUAUCUCUCUCUCCAAGCAAUUCUCAACAAACACCACUCUUUCAACCCACCAGAUCCUGCUCCUUUCCUUUCCUUGCAUGCAAUCACCAAAUUCACCUCAAUUUCAAUCCAAUUCCUUCACAAUCUCAAUCCACAUCUCUUAUUUUACAUCAAUCCAAUCCCAAUCACUCAUCAAACCAACAAAACCCUCUGUUUCCUCCAUCUAGGGUUUGAGCCAAUCGCAUAACAACACAGAUCAGCAUCAGAACCAAUGGAUUCGAGCAGGAGAGCGGUGGAAUCCUACUGGAGAUCGGUGAUGAUCGACGCAGCGACUUCUGAUGAGGAUAAAGUUACGCCUGUGUACAAAUUGGAAGAGAUUUGUGAGCUUUUACGGUCGUCUCAUGUCUCUGUUGUUAAAGAAAUUUGUGAAUUUGUGUUUAAACGCCUGCAGCAUAAGUCUCCUAUUGUUAAGCAAAAGGCUUUAAGAGUGAUUAAGUAUGCUGUGGGGAAGUCUGGUGUGGAAUUUAGGAGGGAAAUGCAAAGGAACUCGGUGGCUGUUCGGCAACUAGUUCACUAUAAAGGACAACCGGAUCCGUUAAAGGGUGAUGCACUUAAUAAGUCCGUUAGGGAAACUGCACAGGAGGCUUUAACAGCUAUUUUUGCUGGUGAAGACAACAGUAAACCGCCACAAACCGAAGGUCUUGCACGGCGGAUAGAAGGUUUCGGUAAUACCAAUUAUAACAUGCCACCGUCUGAGGAUAAGAAGUCGUUUCUUAGUGAAGUGGUUGGCAUUGGAAGCGCGACAAUUAAGCUCGGUUUGAAUAGCAUAGCACAAGCUCAAACCCCUAAAAACGACACGGGAACUUACAGGAGCCCGAAUUUGCGAAGAUCAUUGACUAAUGAAACUAGUUACAAUGAUAACAAUCGGUUAUCAACAAAUGCUUCCGGACCAUGGAGUCAGGAUAAUAAAAUAAGUCAAACGUAUAAUGACAAUGGGAAUGCAAGCUCAAGUUAUUCACAGGAAAAGAGCCGUGAAGAGAGGUUAUUAGAGACCAUUGUUACAUCUGGUGGUGUUCGUCUUCAACCAACUCGGGAUGCCAUUCAGGUGUUUCUUUCGGAGGCCACAAAGUUGAAUGCUUUAGCUUUAAGUCGCGCGUUAGAAGUCAAGCUCCAGUCGCACAUGUGGCAGGUUCGUGUGAAAGCUUUGUGUGUGCUUGAGGCACUCUUGAGGAAGAAAGAAGAUGAACAUUUUUCUACCGUCACCUCUUACUUUACGGAAAAUAUAGAUGUAGUCGUAAAAUGCUCGGAGUCUCCCCAAGCCUCUUUGAGGGAAAAGGCAAAUAAGGUCUUGAGCCUUCUUGACGGGGACCAAAGCGGUAGCAGGAUUAGUCAGCCAGAUAAAAGUUCGAAGACCGAGAAAACUGUCGUUCACAUGCCAGACUUGAUCGACACCAAUGAUUCAGAUGAAAAUGCAAAUUUUAUCACAACACAGACAGAUGAAAACAUUGCAUCUCUCUCAACACCAACCGCCACUUUCAGCAACGAUUUCUUUAUGGAUGGUUCAAGUUCAACCAGCGACGUGCAUGGGGAAACUAAAACCAGUGAUGAUCCCUUUGCUGAUGUGGCAUUUCAUGGCCAGAACAGUACAGAUGAACAUGAAACAGCUGAUAUUUUUUCAGGAAUGGCCACACAGGCACCAGCAGGUGGAAGUGGGCCUGAACUAUUUGAUAUUUUCGGGUCUAACUCUGAAAAUACUCAAGGCCAAGGAAAUUUGAAAAAUGAUCUUAACGACUUGAUGGCCGGUUUGUCUGUCGAUGGGAAUGAAUCCUUACAAAAGCCGAAUGGAAACUCUCAAGUGAUGUUUUCGGAUUCUAUAACGACUUCAAGUCAUCAAUCGAAUGAUGUUUUGAAUAACAUAUUGAAAUCUCAAGCACCUGGGAAUGGAAUAGGCGUUAAUAACCCCAUGUUCUCGAUGGAUCCUAUGACGUAUAAUGCUUUAUCUUCGGGAUUGAUGUUUAAUCCUGCAACGUUUACGUCACAACAAAUGAAUUAUGGUGCCAUGAGCAGCAUUUUAGCUCAGCAACAGUUUUUAGCAACCAUGAGUAACCUACAACAGAUGGGGAACCUGCAAUCCCAUAAUAUGGGUGCAACGAAUGCUUCUGGAACUCAAGUUGGGGGGUAUGAUUCAGCUCUUCCGGAUAUCUUUAAUCCAACCACUGCAACUCAACCACCUAGUUCGAUGAUGAACAACUCAAAGAAAGAAGAUACUAGAGCGUUUGAUUUCAUAUCGGAUCAUCUUGCAGCAGCUCGUGACCCGAGGAGGGUGAACCAAUGAUCGGGUGAUUUUUUGUUUGUGAAUGAAAAAAUAAAGUUGGAUCUGGAGUUUGGACACACCCAUAACAUUGGUUAUGUUAAAAAAAAGUAGAUGAAUAUUUACAAUAAUAAUAUAUAUGCAAGUGUGUAUUGUCAUCUGAGUUGUUAGAUUUAGUACAAGAACAAGGCCCUGUUAAUGUUUCUAAGUUGAGCUUGUUUUGAGGAUUUGUGUCUGGACAAUUCGUUCUUUCUUCUUAAUAUUGUUGUUGUCAUAA